UCGAUGCUUGCAAGGAAAAGGUUGAGAUGAAUUUUUACGGCAGGCAAAUAGAUUGAUUCUCGUAAAUAAAACAAGCAAUCUGCGAGAAAAUCGUUCCUCUCAUCAGCAAUCAUGUUGCGCAUCUACCAGAAUACAUACCGGCGUACCGCGAGAAAGGCUGUUGUAUACUCCACGAAAGUUGCCUGCUGUAAUCACUCCACCCUCUGCAACAUCACCGGUCAUCAGCGGAGUUCUCGGGGUCAUGGAAACGGGAGUACCAAUGGAAAUGGCCGUCACCACGAGGAGUUCUUGUUGGCCGGUAAUCCAGCGCGGGGAUGGCAGAUGCCGCCCCCCUCACGUGGCUACGGCAUGCUGGUGGUUCGCAUCCUUCGAGGAGCCCUUAAGCUGCGGUACCUCGUUCUAGGCGGUGCUAUAGGUGGGGGCGUGACUCUCAAUAAAAAAUACGAGGACUGGAAGGAUGGUCUGCCAGAUAUGAAGUGGCUUCAGGAUGCUUUACCUCAGGGCGAGCGGUGGAGUCAGUUUUCGCAGAAUCUCAUCGAGGUGGGCAGCCUGGUGAAGACCGCUAUUGAUAUCGAUCCGAAGCUCAAGCAGCUGGGCGAGGAUAAGUUGUCGGAAUGGCGCACCUGGUUUGACAGUCGUCUGGAAGAUGCCAUCGAGGCGGCCGACUAUCAAGGAGUUCAGAUUGUCGAAACCAAAGAUGAUCUCAAAGCCAAGACGACAGUGGCUGCUCUGGGAAUUACCACCGAUGAGAGUCGCAAGAAGUAUGAAAAACUGCAAAGCCAGGUUGAAACAUUGCAAACGGAGAUCAUGAACGUGCAGAUUAAGUACCAAAAGGAGCUGGAAAAGAUGGAGAAGGAGAACCGCGAGCUUCGCCAACAGUUCCUGAUCCUCAAGACGAACAAAAGGACCUCGGCCAAGAAAAUUAAGAAGUCGCUGAUUGACAUGUACUCUGAAGUGCUGGAUGAACUGUCUGGCUAUGAUACGGGCUACACGAUGGCGGAUCAUUUACCUCGAGUCGUUGUUGUUGGAGAUCAGAGCAGCGGCAAGACCUCUGUACUUGAAUCUAUCGCAAAGGCACGCAUUUUCCCCCGUGGCAGUGGCGAAAUGAUGACUAGGGCACCCGUAAAAGUUACUCUUGCGGAGGGUCCCUAUCACGUGGCCCAGUUUCGGGAUUCGGAACGGGAGUAUGACCUGACCAAAGAGUCUGAUUUGGCGGAGCUGCGACGUGAAGUGGAAUUCCGUAUGCGGGCUUCGGUGCGCGGUGGCAAAACUGUGAGCAACGAAGUCAUCGCCAUGACGGUGAAGGGUCCAGGCCUGCAGCGCAUGGUUCUAGUGGAUUUGCCGGGUAUCAUUUCCACCAUGACAGUGGAUAUGGCUUCAGAUACGAAAGAUUCAAUUCACCAGAUGACAAGGCAUUACAUGAGCAAUCCCAACGCUAUCAUUCUUUGCAUCCAAGAUGGUUCUGUGGACGCUGAGCGGAGCAAUGUAACCGAUUUGGUAAUGCAAUGCGAUCCUCUGGGUCGACGCACAAUUUUCGUGCUCACCAAAGUGGAUUUGGCUGAGGAAUUGGCCGAUCCUGACAGGAUACGAAAAAUACUCUCUGGUAAACUGUUCCCCAUGAAGGCUCUUGGCUAUUAUGCAGUGGUUACAGGACGUGGACGCAAGGAUGACAGCAUUGAUGCCAUUCGGCAAUACGAAGAGGACUUUUUCAAGAACUCCAAACUGUUUCAUCGCCGUGGUGUGAUUAUGCCCCAUCAAGUAACCAGCCGGAAUCUGAGUCUCGCCGUGUCAGACCGCUUCUGGAAAAUGGUGCGGGAAACCAUUGAGCAGCAGGCAGAUGCAUUUAAGGCUACCAGAUUCAAUCUGGAAACCGAAUGGAAGAACAACUUCCCCAGAUUGCGCGAAUCGGGACGGGACGAGCUGUUUGACAAGGCCAAGGGUGAAAUACUGGACGAGGUGGUAACGCUAUCGCAGAUCUCAGCUAAAAAAUGGGAUGAUGCCCUCACUUCGAAGCUUUGGGAGAAGCUGUCCAACUAUGUGUUUGAGAAUAUUUACCUGCCCGCCGCUCAGUCAGGUUCUCAAAACUCUUUCAACACGAUGGUGGACAUAAAGCUGCGUCAGUGGGCUGAGCAGGCACUGCCCGCCAAAUCUGUGGAGGCCGGCUGGGAAGCACUGCAGAACGAGUUUCUGUCUUUAAUGGAUAGGGCGAAAAAAUCCCAAGAUCACGACGGAAUCUUUGAUCACCUGAAGGCUGCUGUCGUUGACGAGGCUAUCCGGAGGCACAGUUGGGAGGACAAAGCCAUCGAUAUGCUACGGGUCAUCCAGUUGAAUACCUUGGAAGAUCGGUUUGUUCAUGACAAGUCCGAGUGGGAUCAGGCGGUCAAAUUCCUGGAGUCCUCCGUAAACGCCAAGCUUGUGCAAACAGAAGAGACCCUGGGGCAAAUGUUUGGACCUGGUCAGUGGCGAAGACUAACCCAUUGGCAGUACCUCACUCAGGAUCAGCAGAAGCGGAGAAGUGUUAGGGGAGAACUUGACAAGAUACUCAAGAAUGAUUCGAAACAUUUGCCUACGUUGAGUUAUGAUGAGCUGACGACAGUUCGGAAGAAUUUGCAGCGUGAUAACGUAGACGUGGACACGGAUUACAUUCGGCAGACGUGGUUCCCCGUUUACAGAAAACACUUCCUGCAACAGGCGCUACAACGGGCCAGGGAUUGUCGCAAGGCCUACUACCUGUACACCCAGCAGGGAGCCGAAUGCGAGAUCUCCUGCAGUGACGUCGUCCUCUUCUGGCGCAUCCAACAGGUUAUCAAGAUAACGGGCAAUGCGUUGCGCCAGCAGGUGAUCAAUCGGGAGGCGCGGCGCUUGGACAAGGAGAUAAAGGCAGUGCUGGACGAGUUCAGCGACGACGAGGAAAAGAAGGCGCACCUGCUCACGGGCAAGCGUGUGCUGCUGGCAGAGGAACUGAUCAAAGUGCGACAGAUCCAGGAGAAGCUGGAGGAGUUCAUUAAUUCAUUGAACCAGGAGAAAUAGUGUGUGUUCGUGUGCCAUGACCAAAGACACAGCAAACAAGGCGUUACUUAUUUAAAUGGAUGAUAUAGUCUAAGCCCACAUUUCAAAUGUUUGUUCAUACAUAGUCACGCUUGAGCCCUUAGUUAAGCUUACUUUGUGCUGCGAAAGUAAUAAACCAAUAGAUCGUUAGUUUGUAUUA